AUGUCGUCGCGUGUUGGUCUUCGCUUCUUCCACAAUUCCAGAGCGGCUUUCCGCAAUGCGACCGCCUCCUUUCGCAGACCUGGCUUCCAGGGCCGUCGUUUUCAGACCACCGAUGCCGGCGCCGCGGAGCAGCAGCAGCAGAGCACGUUCCAGCGGUUAUGGAACAGCCCUGUUGGCAUCAAGACGGUGCAUUUCUGGGCUCCCGUUAUGAAGUGGGCGCUCGUUCUCGCCGGUAUCUCCGACUUCCAACGUCCCGCAGAGAAGCUCUCUCUGACUCAGAACGUCGCUCUGAUGGCCACGGGCGCCAUCUGGACCCGAUGGUGCUUCAUCAUCAAGCCUCGUAAUCUGCUGCUCGCGGCCGUCAACUUCUUCCUCGGCUGCGUGGGUGUCGUUCAGGUGACUCGAAUCUUCCUGUACAGACGCAGCCUCAAGGGGUCGACGAAAGAAGGCGCCGAAGAUGUCGCUCAUGACGCGUCGACUGUGAAGUCUUCCUCUUAA